AGCCAUUUCCAAGUUGGUAUCCUUUGUUUCGUUGCUAAGUUGUACUGUAGAUUAACUCUUUGACCUGUGCGCGUGCUAUAGUUGAAUACCCUUGUUACACGAUCUAUCCCUUGCUGAGUGCGAUGAAAGUUCUGGUUUUGGUGGUAUGUUUGGUGGCAGUCAGCACGGUGUGCGGUGUAGAGUUUGAGGUGGAGGAGAUGGAGAAGAGGAACAUGAGGCAUCACAACAGAGUGGUGGUUGUUGAGAAACCUGAGGAGGAUGCUGCGGUACCUGUAGCUGAAGUAGAGGCUGGCACGGAGGAGGAUAAAGCGGUUAAUACUGGCGUUCCAUCUGAUGAACCACCGAGUUACGUGAACGGGAACGGUGGAGAUGACAGCGGAGAAGAUGACAGCGGAGAAGAUGACAGCGGAGACGCCGCCCCACAAAAAGCCGGAGCACAGACACCAAUGGGAUUCACUACCGCCAUACUGCUCGCCUCAUUUUUCGUACUGGUUUUUGUCUAAUCGCGAUCGUAGAAUUUGUGACGAUUCGUCAUCUCGACAGGAAUUCUGCGUCAAUCAUAACACUGUACUUUGAUAAAGGAACUCAAACUGAUGUAAAAUCGGAGUGGCUUCAGGUAGAGGAGGGGGAGACUAGGAUCGAAUAAACUUGUUUGGUAUUUUUGGUUGUUGUUGUUUUAGAGAUCGUUUAAAUUUUCAAUGUUACGUAAGCCAAGUUUUUCUAUUUAUUUUUCAAAACGUCCUUCCUUUCCAUAAGACCCCUUUGCAUAGAUUUAGCCCCAACUUUCGAAUUAUGAAAAAUGACAACUUAAAAAAUUGUAUGAUUCGUGCGUUUUUGGCUUCUUCUUACAGCAUCCUUUUAGAAGUUACACUGACGUCCUAAUUCCUAUAACAUCGAAACCACCUAAAAAGAAGGCGUCAAGAAUUUUCUCAAUCCUCCGAGUCCAACGAUCACAAUUUUAUUGAUUCACAUAAGGCUAAAAUACCCUUGUAUAAAACCAAGUGCUUUUGAUAUCCCCCGGUUCUUUAUUCGGCUUGCGUGAUUUAAACUUUAGUAGUGUAAUAGAUCUAUGAUAAUUUGGUUUUGAAUUCGAAAACGUUCUUUGAAUGCUCACUAACAAUUCAAAAUGGCAUACUUUUAAACGCAGCCAUUUCAUUACUAAUUUACAUGAUCCUUUCUGUUAAAAAAUAUCGUUUUAAUUUUCACUUAAAAUAAAAAUAGCACUGCAUUGUAGAGUAUUCCGUGUUAAUAUUGUACUUUUCUUUCUUUAACUAAAUUAAAUUAAA